AUGAAUAAGAUGACCGUGCUCGCCGUGCUCUUGGACGCCGCCGUCGUCGCGGCGGCCACGCUCAUGUCCUCCCCGGACGCCUCCCGGCACGACGUCGCGCUGCUGGAGAUAGGUGGCGGCGGGGACGGCCGCUUGGAGCUGGUCCCCAUGGACGCCGGCGCCGCGGGGCCUGAGAGCCUGGCGUUCGGCGAGGCGGCGGCGGGCGCCCGUGCGUGGGUGUGUCGGAUGGGCGCAUCCUCCGGUGGGUCCCGGCGAGCGGUGGUGGGAAGAGCACUCGUCCUCCUGCGCGCCGGAACUCUCCCUCUUGGGCGGACUCGUGUGCGCUCCGUUGCAGCGAGUGCGUGCGAGCGAGCUUUACUCCGCUGCUCCCUCCUGGCCCCUCCUCUUCGUCUUCCUCUCGGCGAUAUGAUGCGCGCCCGCGGGGAGGUGGCGCUGGCCGCGCUGCUGGCGGCGGCGGCGCUCAUGCUGUCGUCGCUGGACUCGCGCAGCGACGUCAGGAUGCUGGAGAUCGGCGACGCCGACGCCGAGCUGCUGCCGCUGCUGGACGGCGCCGUGGGGCCCGAGAGCCUCGUGUUCGCCGGGGACGUGGACGGGGACGGCGGCCCGUUCACGGGCGUGUCGGACGGCCGGGUCCUCAGGUGGGUGGCCGCCGAGCGGCGGUGGGUUGAGCACUCCUCCGCCGCGCCAGACCUGCUGGACAGGUGCAGAGGCUCCCAGGACCCGGGCCGUGAGCACGAGUGCGGGCGCCCACUGGGCCUCAAGUUGAACCACCACACCGGGGAGCUCUACGUGGCCGACGCCUACCACGGCCUCCGCGUCGUCUCGCCGGAUAACGACGACAAGGUGUCGAGGCCGGUGGCGCCGCAGUGGUGGCGGGGCACCGGCCGCACCUUCAGCUUCGCCAACGGCGUCGAGGUAGACCCGGACACGGGCGCCGUCUACUUCACCGAGACGAGCACGAGGUCCCAGAGACGGGAGUUCCUGCGCAUCGUCAUCUCCGGCGACACCACGGGGAGGCUGCUGCGGUACGACCCGAAGAGCGGCGGCGAGGUGGAGGUGCUGGUCGACGGGCUGGCGUUCCCCAACGGCCUCGCGAUGAGCAGGGACGGCACGCAUCUGCUCCUGGCGGAGACCACGACGGGGAGGAUCCUCCGGUACUGGCUCCGGCCGGCGGCGAAGGCGCCGGCGAUCGAAGAGGUGGCGCGGCUGCCGUGGUUCCCGGACAACAUCAGGAUGAGCCCCCGGGGAGGCUUCUGGGUGGGGCUCCACGCCAAGAGGGGCAAGCUUGCCGAGUGGUGCAUCUCCUACCCGUGGCUGGGGCGGCUCGUGCUGUCGCUGCCGACGCGCCAUGUCCAGCGCGCGUCGUGGCUGCUCAACCGGCUCGGGCGGCAGGUGAUCGCGGUGAGGUUGAGCGAGGAGGACGGGAAGGUGAUGGAGAUGGUCAGUGUUCAUGGGGAUCUUCAGAAGACGUUCAGGUCGGUGAGUGAAGUGGAGGAGAGGAAUGGCAGCCUCUGGAUUGGCUCUGUCAUGUCGCCGUUUCUUGGGGUCUACAAGUUGUAG